AUGCAGUAUUAUCGAGGGGCAAUAGGUGUCGCGUGUCUCGUCGGCGGAAUGGUCCAAGCUACCUCUACUAGCGGGCAUGGUUCCUCCAUGCGAGGGGCUGCUGCUAGAAUCGCAUCUGAGAGAACCGAAUCAGACUUGUCUUUGUAUGGUGGCGACAACAUGUGGAAUGCAGCCGACUGGGAGACUGUGGAUGAUAGAGUCAGAGGCGGCAAAUCAGAAAGCCAUUUGACUGUAUUAGAAGAUGGAGGAGCUGCUAUUUUUCAUGGUUUCCUCGACAUCGAAACGCUAGGGGGAGCAGGAUUUGCCUCUCAACGAACAACACCACUUCCAGCCGGGAAAUCAUUCGACCUAUCCAAAUAUGACGGGCUUGGAAUUCGCAUAUUACGAGGCGAUGGCAAGAAAUACGCCCUCAAUAUCAAAAACAAUGAACUCACUAAACGUCCUGAUGGUCGUGUUGAAAGCUCGAUUGAAUAUAAGGCCGUUUUCACCACAACUGAUGGAUCAGACGGAAUGUACUACUUCCCCUUUUCCACCUUUCAGGCUUAUUAUAGAGGCAAGAUCUCGAAUGAUGCUCCCCCAUUAGAGAACAAAUCGAUUACCAGCUUUAGUAUAAUGAUGCAGAGUUACUUUGGUGAACAGAAGGGAGAGUUCGAGCUUGUCAUUGCAAGUAUUAGUGCAAUGACUGAUAAAUGGGUUAUGGAGAAUAGUGAGAGUGGUGUUAUUGUUGAGCAGAACAAGUUGUAG